AAGAAUCUACCAUAGUUUAUCAGUAAUUGACCUGAGUGAUCUGCAGAUCAAUGUGUCGGCCUUUAUCUAUUAGUUGUUAUUUAUCCUUCGAAGUGAUCAUGAGUAUUGUUUGCGCCUAUUUGUUUUUACAUACCGUGUCCGCGCAAGUCGGUUUCGGAGGGUAUUUUGGAUUUUCUCAAGUGUGCCAAAAAUGGGGAUGUAUCAACAGAAAGUUCAAUUUCAACGAUGUCUUACCCUUAGAGAAUCAAUACAAAGACUUCAUUAAGGAAAUGUUUGCGAUUGAGUUCCAUGACGUCGCCCUACGAGCCGUGGACAGAUGUUACGAGUCAGAACACACGGUCAAAUACACAAACACAUGUCCCGGACAGGCCUUAUUACAUUGCGUCAUGGAUAAGUUGAUUCAGGAUUGUCCAGAACCAUAUUGGAAGCAAGACGACGGCUGCGCUACCGUAGCAUCUCUCGCUGGAAAUGACUAUAUGUUUUCUCAAAGUCGUUACAAGAACCUGCAACGGAAUUUGCCUUUAGAGAAACGACCAUCCAUGUUUUUGCAUUACUUCAGGUCCAGAUGCUGUGACUUACAGCAGAUGUUUAACGAGAGUUUGCUGAGUGAGUGUGGCAUUACUGAGAUGUUGCACUAUUUUGAUCGCGAGCCACAAUUGAGAACUCCUGCCUUUAGGAAUGGUCCCAGUAUCGAGGAUGUAACAACUAAGAAGACAGGCGCUGACGUCAUCGGUCAAGUUUAUAAUUUCCAUUUGUUAUCAGAAAUAACCACGUCUACGACAAGUAUGGACUAUUCUACGAAUGCGGAUGACGAUGAAGAUGGAAAUUAUGAGGGUCAAGAUCCACUGGAUUGUUGCGAAGAGAUCGCGCGUUUCAUUCGCCACGACUGGAGGACGGACUGCGAUUUUAAACUGAAAUGGGAUCAACAACUCAGACUCGUUGUUCAUCACGACGAACAGGUGGAAAAUACUCGUAAUAAUGAACAGUGUGAGGACCUGACUCAGUCUGCAUCAUGCGUGCUGAAUAAGAUGGGAAUCCUAAACAGAUUCGGUUUCAUCGAUCAGUUCACGAUGAAAAACAAAAUUCGCGCGUACAGUAACGGCAAAACGUCGUACAUGUACGCCGUGUUCAACAGUGCGUUCCUGAACGUACCACGUUACAGGGAGCAGUGUGAUUCUCCGAGGAGAUUGUUUAAUCUACUGGAUGCUAUGUUGGUGGUAUGCGACCCUGCGAAGCGGGUAUCAAACCGUCAAUGCAACAAAAUAUUCACGGACAUAAGGAACUCUGUAUCGGAUAUUACAAAGGAAAACCUCGACCAAAUAGUUAACAAUCAAAACCAGAAUGUGCAAUAUCAUGUAGGUUUUAAUCCCAAUCAAACAGAACGACCCCAAAACUUGUAUUCUACUACAAGUACUAUAAAACCUUAUUUACAUGGGAAUCUACCUAAAACUACAAUUCAAAACAAUAUGAAAUACAACUUUGGUAUUUUAGGUAUCUUAGGUAAUGCCCCACCAGUGGUCACGAUCGAUUUGAAACCUAAGAACAAAACUCUGGUUCUGUUACCAGUUUACCAAAGGACACCGAGGACUGAUCCGCUAACUAUAAAUUCCCUAAAUGACGAUGGAAUUUGGAGAGGCUAAGCCUACAAAACUAACCACGUAAGAACAAUUUGGUCUUGGAAUUAAAUAUAGUUCCUUUAAUUACACUUGUGAUUAUUCGUUAUUUUUAGCAUAAGAUGACCUGAGAUAACGAGGUAGUUUUGUAAAAAGUAAGAGCGAUAUUAAUGGGGACGAUAACUAGGUUGGAAUAUAUUGAUUUUUAUAAUAAAUUCGGAUAAAUAAGGUCAAUGUUAACUAAUUUAUACAUAAAAAGGAAAGAUUGGCUGGAUAUUUGCAAAAUAAAUAAGAUUAUAAAAUUUCAAAAUCUAAUAAAAAUCUUUUAUCGUAAUUAGAUAAAAAUUCAUACAGUUUUAGAUUCCUUACAUUAAAUGUGACAUUUUUCAAUAAAUUAACUAUUAACAUAAACGCACAAAUAAAAAAGAUAUUAGUAAUUUUGUUUGAACACCCAUACAAAUCUAACAAUCCGCGAGCCAACGACGUUAAUAACUCGUACCAUUUUGUAUGGAGCGUUUUUCAGGGAUCCGCGGCAGCGCCGCAAAUCUGACCCUUUAAAUCCCUGUAGCUCCGAAAGUAAUGAUCGCAGAUACCCUGUUCCUUUUACAAAAUUGCUUUACUAUUAGUAUACUCUUAAUUUAUAUACAAUUUAAAAAUCUGUCAUCAUCCCUAAUUAUCUAUUACGUUGCGAUGGAAAUAAAAAAAGAGAGCUAUAUAUGUCACUAAUCAAAAUCAUCUUGUUAUCUCUUGGAGGUCAUACUCAAUUGUAAUGCUAUACUAAAUGUAAUUUAGGAUUUACUUUCUGGAAUUUAGUAAAAUAAGUAGAUAAAAUUUACGAUAAAAGUUAGGGAAUAUAAAGGGAGGAAUAAAACAUUUAAAUAUGAA